AUGACAAAUCACCAUUUUGCCGUACCUUAUCAGUCUGAUGAUGUAGAAUCUCACCACGAUUUAGAUCACAAAGAGCGGGAUGUACCUGCGGGAGAUAUUGUGACGGAGAAUGAGAAUCGAGACUUGAAACGAGGUCUUGCUCAAAGACAUAUAUCGAUGAUUGCCUUGGCUGGCUCCAUCGGUACUGGAUUAUUCUUGAGUCUGGGUAGUUCUAUUCAAACUGGUGGUCCACUCGGCGCUCUAUUAGGUUAUGGUUUCAUUGGAUUAAUCGUAUGUGCGGUGCAAUUCGCUUUGGGAGAAGUCACCGCUCUACUCCCCGUCAGUGGGUCUUUUGUUCGACACGCAGAAUUCCUCGUAGAUCCCUCUUUAGGUUUCGCUUUGGGUUGGAACAUCGUAUAUGGAAAUUGGCUAUCCAUCCCUUCUGAGAUUUCCGCUAUUUGUGUUCUCUUUCAAUACUGGACAGAUCUCAAUCCAUCAGUAUUCAUCAUCAUUUUUAUCGUCCUCACAGCCGCUGUGGGCCUUAUCAAUAUCCGUUGGUACGGAGAAAUUGAAUUUGCUUUUGCGAUCAUCAAGAUUUUGCUUAUAGUAGGAUUGAUUCUCUUGGGACUUGUAAUCGACCUUGGAGGAGUAUCCGGCGUUGCUAGAAUUGGAUUUAGAUACUGGAAAUCACCGGGACCAUUUGUGGAAUAUAUCGGAACUGGAAGUCUUGGUAACUUUUUGGGAUUUUGGUCAGUCAUGAUCAAUGCGGUAUUCAGUUUCGCAGGUGUAGAAAGUGUAGCUAUGGCAGCGGCUGAAACUCAAAAUCCUCGAAGAUCAAUCCCUCGAGCAGUCAAGAGAGUUUUCGCAAGAGUAACUCUGUUCUACGUUUUGGCUGUAUUGAUUGUCGGAAUGUUAGUUUCAAGUGAUGAUGAGAGAUUAGGUGAUGAUUCUGGUACAGCAGCAACAUCACCUUUUGUGCUUGCAGCUUCUUCAGCAGGUAUAAAAGCGAUUCCAUCAAUAGUCAACGCCGUUGUGAUUACAUCGGCUUUCAGUUCUUCAAAUCAAGCUUUAUUAGCAGGUACCAGAGUAUUAUAUGGAUUAGGUCUUAAAGGCCAAGCACCGAAAAUAUUCCUUAAAACAAAUCGAUGGGGUACACCAUACGUGUGUGUUUCGAUUUACGUAUUAUUCUCAUUCCUCGCUUUCAUGUCUCUGUCCGAAAGCGCUCUCACAGUCUUUUACUGGCUUCUCGAUUUAGUAGGAUGUGGAGUAUUGAUUUCAUGGAGUGCGGUUCUGGUGAAUCAUCUUCGAUUGGUCGCAGCAAUGCGGAAACAAGGUAUAUCAAGAAAACGAUUACCUUGGUAUAAUUGGUGGACCCCUUAUGCAUCUGCUAUCGCCCUCUUCUUCUGUCUCCUUAUCCUCUUGACUAAUGGCUGGUCAGUCUUUACAAAAGGAGGAUGGUCAGCAGCAGGAUUCGUCACAUCAUACUUGGAUAUCCCACUCGUUUUAGCUGCGUAUCUCAUUUGGAAACUCUAUAAACGGACAAAAUUAGUUUCACUAGCAGAUAUCCCUAUCGAAGAAGUUUUACACUACAUCUCGGAGAACCCGGAAGAACCUGAAGUAGUACACAAGAGUUGGGUUAAGUGGAUCUCCUGGUUAUGGGACUAA